CGCGAGAUUACACGAGUGCAUCGACUGUAUUCACUUCCGGUGAAUAUAUUUUGAUCGUGUGCAUGUAAAAUAUGCUUUAUCCACCUGGAAAUAAUCAUGCUUGGGGACCAAAGCACAUUUUAUUAACGAUCAGCCUUCUGAUCAAGGGGACGCUUACUGAUGUAAUAUCUUUGAAUGGUGCAAACAUCGGUAGUGUUAUAGGUUCCAAUGAGGUGGUGUUCAUUAACUUUUAUGCCGACUGGUGUAGAUUUAGUCAGAUUUUAGCACCUGUCUUUGAAGAAGCAUCUAAUAAAGUAAAAGAGGAAUUUCCAACUCCAGGAAAAAUUGCUUUUGGCAAAGUAGAUUGUGAUUCAGAAUCUGAUAUAGCCAGUCAAUAUCAUAUAUCAAAAUACCCAACACUUAAACUUGUUCGCAAUGGACAACUUAUUAAGAAAGAAUACAGAGGCCAAAGAUCUGUUGAUGCCUUGGUUCAGUUUAUUAAAGAUCAAGUCAGAGAUUCAGUUCAACAAAUUGACUCAUUGGAUAAAUUAGAUGAAUUAAAUGAAAAAAAGAGACAUAUAAUUGGAUACUUUGCUGAUGUGAACUCUGAUAGUUAUAGGUUAUUUACAAAAAUAGCAAGCACUUUACGCGAGGAGUGUGAAUUUCAUUCUGCAGUCGGACCAGUUUCUGAGUCAGAGAGGUCCAUGGGAGACAGAGUUGUUUACAGAGCACCUCAGACGACCCACCAGGAUAUUGCCUUUAUCGGUAGUCUGACAGAUUUUGAUGGUCUUCUGAACUGGGCUCAACAAAACUGUGUCCCUCUGGUCAGAGAGAUCACAUUUGAUAAUGCUGAGGAAUUGACAGAGGAGGGAUUACCAUUUUUGAUUCUGUUCCAUCACCCAGAUGACAAGGACAUUGUUCAGAGAUUCUCUAAUGUUGUCCAACAACAGCUCAAGAGUGAAAAAUCCUCUGUGAAUUUCCUGACUGCUGAUGGUCAGAAGUUUAAGCACCCUCUUCAUCAUCUCGGUAAAUCUGAGUCGGACCUACCUGUCUUGGCUAUUGACAGUUUCCGUCACAUGUAUUUGUUCCCACACGAUGUUAAAAAAGAUUUAGAAACACCAGGAUUAUUGUCCCAGUUUAUAGCUGACCUACAUUCAGGAAAACUUCACAGAGAAUUUCACCAUGGACCUGACCCCACAACUCCAUACCCUACUCCCCCACCCCCUGGGUCUGAUAAUGCUGAAGGACAACAGGAACAAAAAAUUGACCACAUCCCCCAUGAUGUCAACAGAGACAACGCCCCCAAACAGCCCACGUCGCCGCCCGAGUCAACGUUCAGGAAACUGGCCCCUUCUAGAAACAGAUAUACUAUUCUGAGGGACGAGUUAUGAUGGCAUUCCUAGUGGUGAAAUGAUUUCUUUAAAUUUAAAGGAUCAGUUAGCAAAGACAAUGCCAUUUUAAAUCAAUACUGGACAAGCACACAAAUAGAACUCAUCUUUUUUUGUCCAAACAUUCAUGUACUCAGUUAAGUACAUCAUUCAAGUUGAUGUUCAAUGUUAAUGCAUUUGUAAAACUGAUCUCGUGUAAUUAUUGCUGUUGAGUUCGUGUAUGUGAUGCUCUCCUUGACAAGGAAUUAAGAAUGGUAAUAUAUUUUUUUCAUCAUGUUUAAAUACUGGUUCAUCUUUUUUAAAAUGGUUUAGGUUAAUGAGGGUGUUUAUAAGAAAUUUUUUGUCAGGUUCUGCUUUUAUAUUCUUAUAGGUGCAGAGAUUUUUUUUUAACUUAUUGAUUUUUUUCAGUUCUGUCCAUCCAUAUCCAAUACUUGUUACAUACAUUACAAAUUUACAUGUAUGUAGACUUUAUAAAUAAUUAUAUUUCAUGUGAUCAUUUAGUAGGAUAUAGGAAAUACAUGUAUGUCUCUAAAAUGUGUCUUUUGCAAUAUAUAAACUGUCCAUUUUCAAAAUAUGAGAAAUACCAAAUUUACAAGUGUAAAACUUUUUAGAAAGUUGUUAAAUGUAUUUGGUGUUCGCACUUCUUUUUUAUGCACCAAUCAAUAUGUCACAGAAGUUUGAAUUCAAAAUUUAUUGUUUACAUUUUUUAGUCAUCAGUUUUUCCCACAUACAUGUUUAAUUGUUCUUGUUCAUAAAAUAUGUCUUGGUUACUUUGUAUCAAUUUUUGAUGAAAAUUGCCUGCUUUAAGCAACAGAAAAUCCAAAACCAUUCUAAGCACUUUAAACAGAAUAGUUGUAGAGUAAAAAUUUCAACUGUUUGUAUAAAAACAUAAUUGCCAAAUUGCCAAACUAUUCAAGAUUUUAUAAAAUGUUCACUUUCAGUGAAUAAGUUCAAAUCACUGAUGUUUCAUGUACAUAUAUGUUAAGUGUAUGCUCCUUUAUGUGGGUGAAAUCAUUUUUUAAACUUUUUUGUUCAUUUUUUAAGAAUUAUAUUUAAAUAAUGUCAAAUGACAUAAUAAAAUAUUUUCUGAAA